AUGACUAGAUUCCUGGAGGGGUGCAUGAUGGCGGCCUUUCCCUUAGCGUUGGAGGACAGAGGUCAUUCAGAAGAUAUAGGAGAGUUUAUUGGAUCGAACAUUGAAAUAUCCUGGGUGCCUAACUUGGAUGACUUAAUGAAAGGAUAUGCAAGGAACUUUAGACCUGGAAUUGGAGGUGCCCCUGUGAUUGUUGCUGUAGAUGUUGAAGUAACAAGCAUUGAUCACAUUUCAGAAGUGAACAUGGAGUACACCAUGACAGUUUUCCUCCACCAAAGCUGGCGGGAUGAAAGGCUCUCUUACAAUCAUACCAACAAGACUCUUGGCCUGGACAGCAGAUUUGUUGAAAAACUUUGGCUUCCAGAUACGUUUAUUGUAAAUGCCAAAUCAGCCUGGUUUCAUGAUGUCACUGUAGAAAACAAGUUAAUCCGUCUGCAGCCAGAUGGUGUCAUCUUAUACAGCAGCAGAAUCACCUCUACAGUGUCCUGUGACAUGGAUCUAACCAAGUAUCCCAUGGAUGAACAAGAAUGUAUGCUGGAACUAGAAAGCUAUGGCUAUUCAUCAGAAGAUAUUCUGUACCGGUGGUCAGAAAACCAAGAAAAGAAUCAUGGUUUGGAUAAAAUUGAGCUGGCACAGUUUACAGUUACAAACUAUAGAUUCACAAAAAAUGAGAUGAUCUUGAAAUCAGCUGGUGAGUUCCCCAGACUGAGCCUACAUUUCCAUCUAAGAAGAAACAGAGGUGUUUACAUUAUAGAGUCCUAUGUACCUUCCAUUCUACUAGUUGCCAUGUCAUGGGUUUCCUUCUGGAUUAGUCAGGCGGCUGUUCCUGCCAGAGUUUCCUUAGGUAUCACUACUGUACUAACAAUGACAACUUUGAUGGUCAGUGCUCGAACCUCUUUGCCAAGAGCAUCUGCAGUUAAAGCUCUGGAUGUCUACUUUCUGAUCUGCUAUGUAUUUGUAUUUGCUGCCCUGGUGGAAUAUGCUUUUGCUCAUUAUAGUGCAGACUACAUAAAAAAGGAGAAAGUGAAGACUAAAGCCAGCAAGAAGAACAAACAGGUACAAAUGAACGAAGGACAAUACGCUAUUGUUUUACUGUCCCUUUCAAUAUUAGGAAUGGACCAAAGUUUAACCCUUAUCAACAAACACCACUUUGCAACCCAAAAUGAAGCCAGAUUAGAGGGAAUGCGGAAAGACAAACUACAGAUCUGCCGUGAUCCUAAACCUGAGAAGGAAAGCCGUUUGAAAUCAUUACUGAGGCCUAUUGAGGCAGAUUCAAUUGAUGUUUAUGCCAGGGCUGUUUUCCCAGCAGCCUUUGCAGCUGUCAAUAUUAUCUACUGGGUAGCUUACACAAAAUGAUUCAAAAGAGUGUCUCAGUUGCACCCAGUCUGACCCUGUGGAAACUGAACACAAAGGGAAAUAAUUUGGUUUAAGCAACUACAAAACUGCAAAUAUAUUUAUAUAUCCUAGAAGGGUAAAAAAGUUAGGGCAUGUAAUGAGCCCCAAAUAUUAAAUUUCAGCAUUCCUGAGAUGCACUGCUUUCUGUUUGUUUUCAAUUCCCAGAUGUUGCCUUUGUGAUAAACAGCAUACCUUAUAUAACAAAAUGUUCCCACUCGAGCUCUGAAGCACAAUAACUCCUAUCUAGUAGAAUAAGCCUUUAAGUGCACAGUUAAGAGUAAUUUUACACAACAAUUAGAUGAUCCUUGAGUUUGCUACCCCAGCUUUUAAUAAUCCCGGGGAAUUUGUUCUCAGCAUGUUUUUGUACUAUUAAGUGCUUUUGAAGAUUUGUGGGUGAAUGAUUCACUGAAAAUUCUGUUAUAUAUGGAAUGGAACCAUCUUCACAUUUUUCUAACUGCUUUGAAAAAGAUUAGUUUUAGAUCCCUGUAUAUUUAGCAAAGCUUUAGGAAGGCAUAGUUGGAUCAUGAAGUAUUCUUUUAGUUACACUCAUUUUCAGGGUAAAGUAACUGUGUGCAGAAAAUACAGUUUUCCCACACCUAGUUGUGAUCUGAACAUCCAACCCCAGGACCAAACUAUGCAGUGGUAAUGUUUAGGUUGCUGUAACUAGUUAUACCCCAAUGAGGAUCUGCUCUAAGAGGAGCAUUAGUCCUGAACACAUGACUUUGAUUCUACCUAAUAAUUAUUGGUAGCUCAGACUGGAUGGCCAAGAGCUCUACAUAUGGUCAGCCGUUUCUCAUUUGCCCAACAUCUUUCUUUGUGUGAGACCAGCUUUAUAUAAAAUUUAAAUAAAAAUGGACCCAAAAGCAGCCAUAUUGCGAGAUCACUCUCAGUAAUGUUGCCCAUUUGUACAAUAUUGCUGCUGGGGAAGACUAAGACUAAUAUCUUUGCAUAUAUCUUUGCGUAUGCCCUCCAAUAGCCAGUUGCUCUGUAAAAACCAUUACAUUGCAUACUUGGAAUUCAUUGAAUGUCGAAGAAUCAGAUCAAUUACUUGAUUUAAAUAAGAGUUCAAGAUCUCCGAACUCUGGGCCUGAUUCACUAAAGUGAGAUAAAAUGUAUCGCAUGCU